AUUCUGUGUCCCCACAGGAAGCUGCACCUUUUCUCCUUAACCACAGGAACGUUAGCCUAUGUGACGCACGAAGAUAUCUGCAAGUGCUUCACAGGAGACACCCUCCUAGCAAUUCGAGCCCCGUCGGGCACUCGGUUGGAGGUUCCCAUUCCGGAGGGCCUGAAUGGACAGAAGAAAUAUCAGAUCCAUCUGAAAAGCACUAGUGGUCCAAUUGAUGUCCUCCUCGUAAACAAAGAUGCUUUGAGCUCCCCCCCUGUGGUGCUCCCUGUCCCUCCCCCUGAAGACCUCAUUCAGUGCCAGCCAGUCGUGCCCGCUAAACCACAGAGAUCGCCUGUUGCCCACUUCCAGGAGGCAUCUGUCCCCAGCAGUACGCACCCGUCCACGCCCACACCGACCAGCACUCAGGACCACAGCCCGGCUGCACAGAAAACAACGAGCCCAGAAUGCAGCGUUUCGGCAGCAGAGUCCAAGAGCAGCAGCGACUUCGACCCUCUCAGCUCGGUGGCCACGCCAGCCAGCCAGCCGCCGGUGUUAGAUACGCAGCCGCUCCAGUCAUCUGCCUCGCUAGACAGCAGCUCCGUCCUGCCCAAUCCCUCUACCUCCUUUGAGCCAAUCAAGCCAGAUCCCACAGAGAGUCGACGCUGCCUUUUUAGAGGCCUUUAAGAACUUACACAUUGGAAGCCCUGUGGGAGUAAACAUAUCGUGCGUCAGCUGCUUUUGCUCAUGUCUGAGAUACAGAUCUCAAGCCGAAAAGGACAAAAUGGAAGAAUGAACCAUCUGAGACUCCCUUAUGGUAGGAGUCAUGGCAUCCAUUUUAUAGGUGGCUGUAAAAGGUCGUGUUAAACCAGGCGAUUAAUAAAACUUAUUUAAAU